AUGACGGAUAAAGAGCCAGAAGAAUGUUAUUGUCCUCCUGGGGAAAAAAAAUCCACUUUCACCAACAUGUUGGAACUCACGGCUAACGCUAUCCAAAGUUUUGAUCCUCUUAAGGGAGUUCACGAGCACAUUUGCGGUUUUCAUUUUUACAGCCACGAUAUGACCCGUCAAGUUGAAGCGCAUCACUUUUGUAGUCAUCAAAACGAAGAUGUUCGCCAAUGCUUGAUUUAUGAUUCCGAUAAACAGGAUGCAAAGUUGAUCGGCGUCGAGUAUAUAAUUUCAGAUAAGGUUUAUCUGACUCUUCCCGAAGAAGAAAAGAAAUAUUGGCAUUCUCACGUAUACGAGGUUAAGUCGGGAAUGUUGACCCUCCCAUUCAACUAUAUGGUCCCUAAUGCUCUUGCUGAUGCGACCGAGAAAAAAGUUAUGGAAGGUCUCGUUAACACUUACGGAAAGACCUGGCAUUUUUGGCAAGUCGAUCGAGGGGAUCCCUUGCCAUAUGGUCCCCCACAAUUAAUGAUGUCGUUUGUUAAGGACAAUCAAAUCUCUCCAAAAUUACUUGAGGAUCGUGAUUCAAGAUACAAAGUUUCUACAGAAGAAUUACGUCAGAAACGAGCAGACAUCAAAUCCACCUAUAACGUCGAUUCUAAUGCUGAUCAUUGGAUUCAUAGGGACGAUGGGAUGGCGUAUCAAUGUGAAAUGAUAGCUACUGCGCAAAAGAAAGUUGAAAUGUGA